CAGAGGCAGCCGGGGAAGAGCUGCUGGAACUUCCCGGGAGCGACUCUCUCACCAUGACCCGGCGGUGUCUCUCCUUCGCACUGGUGAUACUGCUGAGUGUGUGCACGAGCCGGGCAAGCCCCAGCACAGUGAAUCCGUGUUGUUAUUACCCAUGUCAGAACAAAGGGGUGUGCAUGAGGGUCGGCAGGGAAAGCUACGAAUGCGACUGCACCCGGACCGGUUACUUCGGCAUUAACUGCACUUUGCCUGAGUUUUGGACACGACUCCACGUUAUGAUAAAGCCAAGCCCGGCCUUCUAUCACUUCAUCCUGACUCACUUCAGGUGGCUUUGGAACAUCAUCAAUAACACCUUCGUUAGGGACACGCUGAUGAGACUGGUGCUAACAGUCCGGGCCAAUCUGAUCCCAAGCCCCCCCACGUAUAACUCAGCAUAUGGAUAUAUCAGCUGGGAAGCCUAUUCCAACGUAAGCUAUUUCACCCGGGUCCUUCCGCCUGUACCUGAUGACUGUCCGACUCCUAUGGGAACCAGCGGGAAAAAGCAGCUCCCUGACCCUCAGCAAUUUGCAGAGAGGUUUCUGCGCCGGCAGCAGUUCCUAAGGGACCCCCGUGGGACCAACCUGAUGUUUGCCUUCUUCGCACAGCACUUCACUCACCAGUUCCUCAAGACAUCCGGGAAGAUGGGGCAUGGCUUCACCAAGGCCCUGGGCCAUGGGGUGGAUCUCGGGCACCUGUAUGGGGACAAUCUGGAGCGUCAGCACCAGCUGCGGAAGUUCACAGACGGGAAGCUCAAAUAUCAGGUAGUGGAUGGAGAGAUGUAUCCACCCACAGUCCUCGAUGCUCCGGUUCACAUGAUCUACCCUCCCGGCACCCCCAAGGAGAAGCAGCUGGCUGUGGGCCAGGAGAUGUUUGGCCUGCUGCCGGGGCUCAUGAUGUAUGCGACCAUCUGGCUUCGCGAGCACAACCGAGUCUGCGAUGUGCUGAAGCAGGACCAUCCGACGUGGAGCGACGAGCAGCUCUUCCAGACAGCCCGCCUCAUCCUCAUCGGAGAGACCAUCAAGAUCGUCAUUGAGGACUACGUGCAGCAUCUCAGCGGGUACUUCCUGCACCUGAAGUUUGACCCGGAGCUGCUGUUCGGUGUGCAGUUCCAGUACAGGAACCGGAUUGCCGUGGAGUUCAACCAACUCUACCACUGGCACGCGCUGAUGCCGGACUCGUUCAUCAUCCAGGAGAACGAAUACAGCUAUGAGCAGUUUAUUUACAACACCUCCAUGCUUCUGGACUACGGGGUGGAGGCCUUGGUGGAGUCGUUCUCCAAGCAAACGGCAGGACAGAUCGGCGGGGGACAAACCAUCAAUUUCAACCUCUUGAAAGUGGCUGUUGGAGUUAUUAAGGAGUCACGGCUGCUGCGGCUGCAGCCCUUUAACGAGUACCGGAAGAGGUUUAACAUGAAGCCCUACAAAUCCUUCCAGGAGUUAACAGGAGAAGAGAAGAAAGCAGCGGAGCUGGAAGAACUAUAUGGAGACAUUAAUGCCUUGGAAUUUUAUCCUGGUUUGCUGCUUGAGAAAUGCCAACCAAACUCUAUUUUUGGGGAGAGCAUGGUGGAGAUUGGAGCCCCGUUUUCCCUGAAAGGGCUUUUCGGCAACCCCAUCUGCUCCCCGGAAUACUGGAAGCCCAGCACUUUUGGUGGUUUGACUGGCUUUGAGAUCGUGAAGACAGCUUCGCUCCAGAAGCUCGUGUGUCUCAACGUCAAGCGGUGUCCGUACGUGGCAUUCCAAGUGCCAGAUCCUAGCACAGAAACAGGAGCAACUGACCAUCAAGAGGGCAAAACAUCCACUGAGCUCUAGUGUCACUGC